AUGCCUAUAAGCAAGAUGGAACCAAUACCUAAUAUAUUACCGGCGCGCGGCGAUCCGCCGGUCCGCGCGGGGCCGCCGCCGCCGCUCGCGCUCCGCGACGUGCCGCGAGGCCUCGCGGACGCGCUGAAGCCGCACCAGCGCGAGGGCGUCGCGUUCGUGCUCGCGCGGCCCGCGGCGAUCCUCGGCGACGCGCCGGGCAUGGGCAAGACGGCGCAGGCCAUCGCGGUCAUCGCCGCGGUGCUCGGCGGCGGCGGCGCCGCGGCGACGCGGGUCCUGGUCGUCGCGCCGGCCACCGUCGUGCCCGUCUGGCUCGCCGAGUUCCGCAAGUUCCUCGGCACCGAGGCCCCGGCCAUCGUCACCGCCGACGGCGACUCCCGCGCGCUGUCCGUCGCGGAG